AUGUACAGCGCAGCAGCAGCAGGAGGUGGUACGGGCCAUAUGCAUUCCACAGCGCCUCCAAGUCAGAUGAAUUUUCCGCCUUUAGUUUCUACGAUUCCCACACAGACAGGACAUCAACAGUUACAGCGGCAGCAGCAGCAGCAUCAGGGCCAGCUCCAGAAUACCCAAAAUAACUCUUCAGCUGCAGCUUUACUGAAAAGUAUUAAUCAAAGUCAACAAAGACCAAUAGCGCCUCCUCCACUAGGGGUAGUUAACGCGAAUAUAUCAUCUGGUACACAACCUGGUAUUCCCAAUAUGCCAUCUGGGGUUACUCCUAUGGGCAACGUACAGCCAUCUCAAGGUCAGGGACAGCAAAGUCAAAACAUUUCGAGGGCCUUGGAUGAUCCGAAUGUGUAUCACUGGAUCUGUCAGUUGAAUUACGGUCCAAACAAAGAGCAGGCUCUUCUGGAGCUUGGUAGAAAGCGUGAGCAAUACGAAGACCUUGCAGUUGUGCUUUGGUCUAGUUUCGGUGUUAUGACAGCGCUUUUGCAAGAAAUUAUCUCUGUUUAUCCCAUGCUAUCACCUCCUACUCUCAACAACCAACUCUCUAAUCGUGUUUGUAACGCGCUUGUUCUCCUUCAGUGUGUUGCAUCUCACCCAGAGACGAAGACAGCAUUCUUCCAAGCCCAUAUCCCUCUGUUUUUGUUCCCUUUUCUGAAUACAACUUCUGGGCAACGUACCUUUGAGUACCUAAGACUUACUUCGCUUGGUGUGAUUGGGGCCCUAGUAAAAAAUGAUUCGACGGAUGUAAUAAAUUUCCUUCUCAGAACGGAUAUAAUACCCCUUUGUUUGCGUAUAAUGGAGUCGUCGUCACAGUUAUCAACGACGGUCGCUAUUUUCAUUCUACAAAGGAUUUUAUUAGACGACAACGGUUUACAGUACAUCUGUGCUACACAAGAAAGAUUCCAUGCUGUAUCUCAAGUCCUGAACAACAUGGUUGAUCAAUUAACAAUGCAACAAACUCCUGGAAGACUUCUCAAACAUGUUGUCCGGUGCUACCUCCGUCUUUCCGACAAUUUAGAGGCACGCCGGCUGUUGAAGCAAGUUCUACCCGUGCGUUUGAAGGACAAUACAUUCACUGAAGUACUACAAGAUGACCUUGGCACGAAGAGAUGCUUGGCUCAACUGCUCCUCACUUUAAACGAAAACUAG